AUGAUUAUCCCAAUAAACCUCGAUACCGUCCCAUUGUCUCCUCUAGGCAGUAAAUUUCCUCCACAACUUGCCCAAUUUGGCACGGACGAGGUUGUGCUCAUCGAGCUCCAGGGUGCUUUGGAUGUGGAGGGCGAUAGGCAGGGAGAGACCGUAGGGACGUUGCGGAUAGACGAUGUUACAAAGAAGACAACGUUGCUCAUAGGCCAUCAUCUCCUCGAAGGCAAACUAGUCAACCUUCCGAAACCAAUCGCUGUCUUACAACACGUAUCAUCCAGCAGCAACGAUCAUGACCAGCCAAUAGAUGACAACGUGGAUAUGGUGUCGGAAGGUGAAGCGAAGAGUACACUAGUGGAGUGGAACGUCGUGGCGGUCGUAAAAACCAAAAUGGUAUUCUCGAGACGACCAAUGCCUAUGGUUGGGAAAGACGCUACUGCUCUAUUGGAUCCAAAGCGAGGAAAGAAGGCGAAGUAA